ACAGACCAGCAGCCUGAGCGGCUCCGAACCAGCUUCUGUCCCGAUCGGUACCGGUACCGGUACCGGCUUUAUCAGCAGCUCUUCUCAUCUUUUUUCUGGGUUCCGGUUUCUUCUGCAGAUGAUGUGGAACCGAAGCGACGCUGAAUCCGGACCUGAAGGGCCCCCAGCAGGGUCCAGUUGUGGCUCAGUUGGGUGGGCCCUGGGGCAUGAGUCCACCUGGCAAGGCAGCCUCCUCUGCUCCGGAAGCAGGGUUUGUUCUGGACGAAGACAGAGCACCGUGUCUGACGGCGGGGACACAGGGAUCGGUACUUACUGCUCAGACAGUUUGGAAGAUGACUCCAGUUCCAGUAUGACUCCCCUGUCCACCCUUCUUCUGUCGCAGCAGGAGGAAGAUGGCCUCCUUUCUGCUACCAUGUCUUCUCCUUCAUCCUCACCUGGAGUUUUCCUAAAGAUGUCCUCUUCAUCCCACAGCCUGAGUUGUUGGAACAGGUCCUGCAAGAUUAGUAAGCCCCUCAGCUCUACUGUAGAAGCCCAGAGUAGUACGGACAGAAGAGGCCAUCCACCCAUCAGGAGGUCCUUGUCUUUUACCAAGCUGUCCUCAGGGGUGGAGAAGAGCUCCAUGAAGACAUCCUGCUCUGUUUACAGCACAGGAGCCCAGGGCUCUCUGGACAGAGGUAUGCUUUAUGGGUAUAGAAGGAAAAACACAGACUCUAAAGUCAAGCUUCACCUGCCUCUAUCAUCCAGCACGGCGUACAGCAGCGCGCUGCAGAGAUCUCCUGGUUCCCACCCCUCCUGUGGCCUCAAACACAGCAGCAGGUCUCCUGGUCUGAGGAGAGAUCCAUCUCCGUCCUCCUCUCAUUCUUCUCCUGUGAAGCACAGUUGCAUGUGCAACAGUUUGCAUGGGGGUGGUCAGCAGGGGCACUGGGUGGACCGACCCAUAGACACACCCAUCCAGCCGGCUGUGCGAACCCAGAUGUGGCUGAACGAGCAGAUGGAGUACCAGCCCAAACUGGACCCUGGAACGGAGCCUGGUGAGAACGGGGGAGUGGACGCGUUCUCCCUGCUGCAUCAGGAGCCUGGACUCCAGCAGACGCUCAGAGGAAGGUCCAUCCCUGCCAACACUCUGCUGAGGGUGAAGGAGAAGCUUCUGAGGGAGAGAGAGGUGGAGAUCCAAAGUCAAAAGCUGCAAAUCCUCCAGCUGCAAGUCUGGAUCAGAGAGAACGAGCAGAGAGCUCAGCAGGUUCUGGUCGGCCAGAGGGGGCCGCUCACCCCCCCAAACGCCCAGGAAGCAGCAGUGAGGACGUCCUGCAGAGCGGAGAGGCUGGGCUGGGAGCAAGAACUGGGUGAGAAACUAGCCGCGGCCGAGCUGGAAGUUCUCCAUCUGGACCAGUUCUUUAAGCAAGUCAUCCUGAAAUAUAAGGAGGAGAGGAGGAAACUGGAGGAGAAGAUAAAGACGAGGGACCGCUACAUCACCAGCCUGAAGAAGAAGUGCCAGAGAGAGAGUGAGCAGAACCAGGAGAGACAGCAGCGGAUCGAGACCCUGGAGAAGUACCUCUCUGACCUGCCCACACCAGGCCAGGUGCAGGUCCAGUCCAAGCAGCAGGACAAGCUGGAAGAAACAAAGCAGCAUCUAGAGAACACGGUGCUUCAGCUGCAGAGGAGCAUAGAGGAAGGAUGUGCUCUGAUCCAGAGGAAAGACGCUUUGAUUGAGAUGCAAGCCAAGACGGAGAACCAGCUGAUGGCAUCUGUUCAGAGUCUGAGGAAGAAGGUGCAGCAGUGUCUGGAUGAUGGCGUUCGGCUUCCGGUGCAAGAUUUCAAAAUGCUAAAGGGGGAAAACUCUCAGCUCCUGCAGCAGCACCGUUACAGCAACAGGGUGCUGAGGAUGCAGGAGGAGGAGAUUGAGAGACUAACGUCACAGCUAACGGCUACCAGCGCCAGACUGCAGAGGAAACAAGGUUCUGCUGAUCCACAACUGGCACCUUCUCUGCAGAAGGAGGAGAACUUGGCCAGUAUGGCCAGAACCUCAUCUCUGGACCAGGGGAAGGCGGUGGAGGUCUCCUCUCCAGGACGGAUGUCGGAGGUGGAGCAGCUGUUGGAGGAGAUGUCACUGUGUCUAUUUGACCUGCGAGGUUUCUGCAGCAUCCUGGCUCACCAGGCCCAGGGCAAAGAGGCCAACCUGUCUCUUCUUCUAGGGAUGAAAUCUAUCAGCGUCUCUGCAGACCAGCCGGAGCUUCAGGCUGCUGCAGCAGGAGAGGAGCUGAGCUCCAAGCUGCUUGAAGUCGGCCUUCUGAGGAGAGGCAUCGAUGAGCUAAGGAGAACCAUGGCAGAACGCUGUCCCAAUGUGGAGGAGAGCUGAGUGAACUCAGAGACGAUCCUUUCUGCUCCGCACACCUCCCUCACUGCAGCAGAACUAGAAGCAGCUGUGGUACCUGCUCUGAUGGGUCUAUCAGCUGAUGACCCGUAGAGUUUCCUCAGAACCAACAGAGACCAUCCAACAGGUGGCAGCGGCUCCCGGGGACCACAGAGUUUACUGGAAGGAUAAAACCAGCUACAAAGGCGUAGAAGCUCUUGGCUAACAGAGUGUCUGAAACGACUGACAGAAGUCACUGAGGCCGACUGUUCUGCUGCAGUCCAGCCUGAAACCCUGUAGAAAGUUACUGGGACCCCAUCCCAGCAGACCAGUGCUUCUACUGGGAUCAGGGUUGGUUUCAGCCUUCGGUUUAAAUCUAAGCCUUCAGUAUUCCUACUGUUGCCUGUGCUCCUAGCUUCAGUUCAGGUUCUCCUGUUCAGAGUAGGAUGACUGAGCUGAGAAGUAAAACUCCUAGAUGUGCUGACCUGUUUGAGUCUUUUACACACAGAAAUAAAUUAGUCUACAUGAUUAGUCCAACAUCUAAAAACAGUUUAACAAGGACCUGAAUACAGUCGCUUGGUUCUACUGUGUCUGAUCGUGGAAGCCUGUGUGACCCUGACCCUCCAUGCGCUUUAAUCUGACCUGCAGGUACUUGCAGGGUGAAUCAGGGACCUGAUUUCUAGGCUUAGGAGAAUUAGUGUGUCUUCCAUAUUUCUUCCUCUGUGGGUGUUAGAGAGCACGGGUCUGCAAAUACUCCAGGUCAGGCACACAAGCUGAUCAAACACAGCAUUUCUCUGAUGGUAGGAAACCAUUCAUUCUGUUCACAACUGUGUGUUGGUUUCUAGGAGGAAUCAGGAUCAGGGAGGUUGGAGUUCGAGGCUCAGUUUCACAAAGCAGGUUUACUGAAAUCACAGUUUCCUCAACCUUUUUCUGUUACCAUGGUAACAUUCUCUCAGAGCUAACCGGCUCAGCAGCAGGUUUUCCUCCAUGAACUCUGCCCUCUGUCUCUUCCUCCUCUUAAAGCCAAUCCUGUUGUUUUAUUUCCUGGUGAAAUUAGGACUGGUGAUUUCACCUAAAUAGGUACAUUGAUCCACCAAUUUAAUUCAGCUCAUUUAUACAGCGCCAAUUCACAACACAUCAUCUCUAUGCACUUUACAGUUCAAACACCGUUCACCCAGUAAACUAGAUUACACCAUAAUGUUAUUCUGGUUACAACAGGCUAUGACAGGGUGUUUGGAGAUUUAUUAGUUUGUCUGAAUAUGUAUACUACUCAAAACAUUUAAAGGAACACUUUGUAAUCAGAUUAUAGCAUCAAGUUAAUCAAACUUCUGGGAUAUUGAUUUUGUCAGUUAAGUAGCAGAAGGGGUUGUUUAUCAGUUUCAGCUGCUUUGGUCUUAAUGAAAUUAACAGCAGGUGCACUAGAGGGGCAACAACAAGACGACCAUUUACUACUUUGGUAACAAAGGUUACAACUUUGUGCAAGGAGGAGCAGGAGGAGCACUGCCAGAGCCCUACAAAAUGACCUCCAGCAGGCCACUGGUGUGAAUGACCAAACAAUCAGAAACAGACUUCACGAGGGUGGCCUGAGGGCCCGACAUCCUCUAUUGGGCCCUGUGCUCACUGCCCGGCAUUGUGGAACUCGAUUGGCAUUUGCAGCAGAAUACCGGAAUUGGCAAGUCGGCCACUGGCGCCCUGUGCUUUUCACAGAUGAGAGCAGGUUCACCCUGAGCACAUGGGACAGACGUGAAAGGGUCUGGAGAAGCCGUGGAGAACGUUAUGCUGCCUGUAUCAUCGUUCAGCAUGACCG